UUGUUGUGAUUCUUAGCCACUAACGACUGGCAAUACUGCUUUAGAGACACAGAUGUUUAUAACCUCAAAUUCGCGCGUACGUUUCCAAACGUUUGUUUUGAAAUACCACGUGUUUGUAAUUUACCUCCGUGAAGCGAAAGCCGAGAGGAUACCAUGGCGAACGAAGUUAAUCCAAAAGCAUAUCCUUUGGCCGAGGCCAAUUUAACAUCUAAGAUUCUAAAUUUAGUGCAACAAGCUAUGAAUUACAAACAGCUAAGGAAAGGAGCUAACGAAGUUACGAAAACGCUAAACCGAGGAAUAGCUGAGUUCAUUGUUAUGGCUGCCGAUGCUGAACCCAUAGAAAUUCUGCUUCACUUGCCGUUACUCUGCGAGGACAAGAAUGUACCGUACGUUUUUGUGCGUUCCAAGCAAGCUUUAGGUCGUGCAUGUGGCGUUUCUCGUCCUAUAAUCGCGUGUAGUGUUACCAUAAAUGAAGGGUCACAAUUGAAACCGUUAAUAUUAACGAUUCAACAAGAAAUCGAACGCUUACUAGUUUAAGAAUUUUUUACUGUAUAUCAAGAUACUUAUUGAUAAUUAAAAUAAGGUAAAGCUACA